GCAAACCCCUGGCUCAGGAAACAACACGCCUACAUCCCUCCCUCUCCUUUCCAGCUUCCCAGCCAGCCGAAAAUCAAGGAUUACCUGCCGAUCUAGCACCAUGGCCACCGUUACCGUCGCCCGACCUGUCCAGCCGGACAUCCAGUAUGCGCCAGACUACGAAAAGUAUCAGGCCCGGGUCGCCCGUCGAUCCCAGGAGCCAGGUCUCCCCAAGACGCUGCCCGAGGGCCUCCCCGCGCAGUUCAAGAGCGACCUGGUCUGGGACGGGGCCACGCUGGCCGACGAGUACGACUGGACGUACGUCCUCCAGCCAGAACAGCUCGACGAGCUCGACGCCGCGCUAGCCCACUUCAAGUCCCUGGGUCUGUCGCUUGGCCACAUCAACCAGGAGACGUUUCCGCUGCCGAAGCUGCACGCCGAGCUCCGCAAGCUCUCCUACGAGCUGCACAACGGCCACGGCUUCUUCGUCGUGCGCGGGCUCCGCGUCGACGAGCACACGCGGGAGGAGAACAUCAUCAUCUACGCCGGCCUCUCGUCGCACAUUGCGCCCCGGCGCGGCCGCCAGGACAGGCAGUACGACGGCAGGCCGGCCGACGUCGUCCUGACGCACAUCAAGGACCUGACGCUUACCAAGGAAAAGGGCCAGAUCGGCAGCCCCGCGUACACGGCGGACAAGCAGGUCUUCCACACGGACGCCGGCGACAUUGUCUCGCUGUUUGCGCUGUCGACGGCGGCCGAGGGCGGCACGAGCAAGCUGGCGAGCAUCGCGCGGGUGUACAACGAGAUCGCCAACACCCGGCCGGAUCUCAUCCACACCCUCACCCAGGACUGGCAGUUUGAAGUAUUCGGCACUCCUCAGAAGGCCUUCACGUCGCGGCCUCUUGUGCAUUACCAGCCCGCCACCGACACGACUCCCGAGCGCUUGGCCGUCCAAUAUGCGCGGCGGUACUUUGUCGGCUACGGCGCGCUCCCCCGAAGCGAGGAAAUCCCACCCAUCUCCGAGGCGCAGGCUGAGGCCCUCGACACGCUGCACUACCUCGGCGACAAGUUCGCGGUGAACCUGGACUUCCAGAAGGGCGACAUCCAGUACGCCAAUAACAUGGCCAUCUUCCACGCCCGAGACGGCUUCACCGACACCCAAGAGCAGCAGCGCCACCUGCUUAGACAAUGGCUCAGCGACCCCGAGUACGCGUGGGAGACGCCAGCGCCGCUGAAAGAGAGGUGGGCUCAGCUGUACGAAGGCGUCACACCUGAAGCCCAAGUCUUCCCGCUCGAGCCCUUCAUCCGCAGCGAAGGGAACAAGAGCAAGGGGCGGUCGUGAGGCGAUUAGGCUCUGGAGCCGGCACGCAAUCGAUAUCCAAGAGUCUCGGCGCACGGAUUCGGCAGCUACUUGAAUGAAAAAAUCAAACCCUU